AUGCGAGUUUUAAUAACUAACGAUGAUGGCCCCUUGAGCGAUCAAUUCUCGCCAUACAUCAGGCCUUUUAUUCAGUAUAUAAAGAGAAAUUAUCCUGAAUGGGAAAUCACAGUUUGUGUGCCCCACGUUCAGAAAUCAUGGGUGGGUAAAGCUCACCUUGCUGGUAAAAAUUUGACUGCUCAAUUUGUAUAUUCGAAAGUUGACUCUGAGGAUAAUACUUUUUGGGGUCCAUUUAUCCAGCCGCAAAUUAAGUCAGAAAACUCCAAAUUACCUUACGUUCUUAAUGCAGAAAUUCCAAAAGAUGCAAUUGAGUGGGUUUUGAUUGAUGGAACUCCAGCAUCGUGUGCAAACAUCGGUCUACAUCUAUUGUCUAAUAAACGUUUCGAUAUAGUACUAUCAGGUCCAAAUGUUGGUAGAAAUACAUCCGCUGCUUAUAUUACAUCAUCGGGUACUGUGGGAGGUGCAAUGGAAUCCGUUAUUACUGGAAAUACAAAGGCCAUUGCUGUAUCCUGGGCCUACUUUAAUGGAUUAAAAAGCGUCUCUCCGCUGCUAAUGGAAAAGGCUUCCAAGAGAUCUUUAGACGUUAUCAAUUAUCUUGUAAACAACUGGGACCCAAAGACAGAUUUAUAUAGUAUUAAUGUUCCUUUAGUGGAGAGUUUAAAUGACAAUACGAAGGUCUACUACGCACCAAUUUGGGAAAAUAGAUGGAUUCCAAUAUUCAACGGGCCCCACAUUAACUUAGAGAACAAUUUUGCUGAGAUUGAAGAUGGUAACGAAUCAUCAUCGAUUUCUUUUAACUGGGCUCCAAGAUUUGGUGCUCAUAAGGAUUCUAUUCAUUAUAUGGACGAAUACAAGGACAGGACUGUUUUAACGGAUGCCGAAGUUAUCGAAGCCAAGAUGAUCAGUGUCACGCCAAUGAAAGCCACAUUUAAGGGUGUCUAUCAUUUACUUGGAGAAUUGAAAUUGGCUCAGCAAGAAAGUAAUUCACCAAAGACAAAGAACCUUGUAGUGGUAAGUAUAGACCCAUUGGAGUAUAUAUACAAACCUCUAACUCGUGCACUAAAAAAGUAUUUGCCACACGUGGAAAUCGUAUCAGAUUUACCGGAAUUUGACAACGAAAAACAUGAAAACAAAAUGAAGAUUUUUCAUUAUGGUGACUAUGAACAAUUAGAUAUGGACAAACUCAUGGAACUGCCAAAUAAUUAUUUCACCAAUUCUUAUAUAUACAGAAAGGCAUUAAUUAGAAAGCAUUUUCUUUCGCAUACCAUACAGACUUAUACUGCGAAGCAUCCAGAGUCCAUUUUGAAGAAAUCAUAUUUAGAAUCAUUUACUAUUGAUUUAGACUAUGCUGAAUUUUUAGAUGAUGCAUUAGAUGAAAACUGGGAAUUACGCCAAGAACUGGAAAAUGAAAGUAAAGACAAAUGGUGGAUCGUGAAACCAAGUAUGAGUGAUAAGGGUCAAGGUAUUAGAGUAUUCAAAACAAUUGGGGACUUGCAGGCAAUUUUUGAUUCAUUUGAUGAUGAAGACAGCGAAGCUGAAGAGAGUGAAAUUGACGACGAUUCUGCUGAUAAAAAUGGAGAAUUUAUGGAUAAUAACAAAGUUAACAUUUCCCAAUUACGCCACUUUAUUAUACAAGAAUAUUUAACUAAUCCGUUAUUACUCCCAUCCAUGGAUAACAGAAAGUUCCACAUAAGAUGUUACGUUGUCUGUAAAGGAGAUUUGCAAGUUUUUGUUUAUGAUAGAAUGCUAGCGCUAUUCGCUGCUAAGCCAUUUGUGCCACUAGAUCCAUAUGCGUAUUCUGUAACAGAUUUAAAACAUUUGGAGUGUCAUUUGACCAAUACAUGUCUACAAAGCAAAAAUAAGGAUAAAAACUCCUCUGUUUUGGAGUUUGAUUCGAUAGAAGAAAUUCCAGAUGAAAGAAAGUCAGAUAUAAAGGAACAGAUCCAUUGCAUAACGAAUGACGUUUUCUUAGCGGCUGUCAACGUAAAUAGAUUAAACUUUCAGCCAUUACCGAACGCAUUUGAAACUUAUGGUGUAGACUUUUUGAUUGAUUCAGAUUAUGAAGUCAAGCUACUGGAGAUUAAUGCUUUCCCAGAUUUUAAACAAACUGGAAAAGAUUUAAAGAACCUCAUCGAUGAAUUGUUUGAUGAUACCGUCAAAUACUGUGUUACUCCUAUAUUUAAUGAAAAUAAGGACAAGGUCAAUGGUGAAACAGAUCCGAACUUUGUAAAGGUCAUUGAUUAUACUUCGAACGGUUGGUGA